AUGGAACCGAUUCCCGAGACAAGACAACAAACACCUCAACGUAUCAUUUACUAUCUACUUGACGAACAACUAAACAUGGAACGAAGACCACCCAUAGGGCUACCAUCACGGACAGACCCAGCACGACGGACGAGACCACUACAACGAGCACUACCACCACCUCCGUCAGAGGCACAAGUACUACAGUUAAUCACGACGUGGCAUUACUCUUCCGAUCCGUAUCAGCGCCAGCGGUUGAACCAAUUACUUGUCCGAAUACUCCGAGACGAGCUGGACAGAUUGCAACGGAUACGAAUACAGUAUCAGGCCGUGCAGCAACAGUUAAGGGAGAAUGAACAAGAGCGUUCUGGUCUCGACAACAUUCUACUCAGCCAGGAGACCAAAUCGCAAAGAAGCGCUUCAGCAGACGACACAUCAGCCGGCCAUUCAUGCCACAUGCGAAAUGGAGUAUGGAAAUUGAGAUGA